GGAGACAGCAGGUUGACGGCGAAACAGUGAGCAGAAGUUUCACCACUUCACGAGGCCCCCAGGCCCGGGGCUCAAAAUGAGUAGUUGCCACAAUGGAAGUCAAAGGGAAAAAAAAAUUCACAGGAAAGAAUACAAAGGCAUCGCAAGAAAAAAACAAAUUUCAUAAAAACAAUGACUCUGGAUUUUCAAGGACAUUCCCAAGAAAAGGGGCUAAAGAAGGUGGAUCUAAAGUUACAUCUAAGAACUUUGAGAAAAGUACCACAAAACCUCCUGGCAAAAAGGGUAUGAAGCAGUUCAAGAAUAAGCAACAAGGAGACAAAGCACCAAAGAACAAAUUCCAGCCAGCAAAUAAAUUCAGCAAGAAGAGAAAAUUCCAGCCAGAUGGUAAAAGUGAUGAAUCAGCAGUCAAGAAGCCCAAAUGGGAUGACUUCAAAAAGAAGAAGAAAGAACUGAAACAGAAUAGGCAACUCAACGAUAAGACCAACUAUGACAUUGUUGUUCGAGCAAAGCAGAUUUGGGAGAUUUUAAGAAGGAAAGACUGUGACAAAGAGAAAAGAGUAAAGUUAAUGAACGACUUGCAGAAGUUGAUCCAAGGAAAAAUUAAAACUAUUGCAUUUGCACACGAUUCAACUCGCGUGAUCCAGUGUUACAUUCAGUAUGGUAGUGAAGAACAGAGAAAACAGGCCUUCGAAGAAUUGCGAGAUGAUUUGGUUGAAUUAAGUAAAGCCAAAUAUUCCAGAAAUGUUGUUAAGAAAUUUCUCAUGUAUGGAAGUAAACCACAGAUUGCAGAGAUCAUCCGAAGCUUUAAAGGCCACGUGAGGAAGCUGCUGCGGCAUGCGGAAGCCUCGGCCAUCGUGGAGUAUGCGUACAACGACAAAGCCAUUCUGGAGCAGAGGAUCAUGCUGACGGAAGAGCUCUACGGGAACACAUUCCAGCUGUACAAGACAGCAGAUCACUCAACUCUGGAAAAAGUAUUAGAGGUGCAGCCAGAAAAAUUAGAGCUCAUUAUGGAUGAAAUGAAACAGAUUCUAACUCCAAUGGCCCAAAAGGAAGCUGUGAUUAAGCACUCAUUGGUGCAUAAAGUAUUCUUGGAUUUUUUUACCUAUGCACCCCCCAAACUCAGAUCAGAAAUGAUUGAAGCCAUCCGCGAAGCAGUGGUGUACCUGGCGCACACACACGAUGGCGCCAGAGUGGCCAUGCACUGCCUGUGGCACGGCACACCCAAGGACAGGAAAGUGAUUAUGAAAACAAUGAAGACUUAUGUUGAAAAAGUGGCUAACGGCCAAUACUCCCAUUUGGUUUUACUGGCGGCAUUUGAUUGCAUUGAUGACACCAAGCUUGUGAAGCAAAUAAUCAUAUCAGAAAUCAUCAGUUCCUUGCCUAACAUAGUAAAUGAUAAAUAUGGAAGGAAGGUCCUAUUGUAUUUGCUAAGCCCCAGAGAUCCUGCACAUACAGUGCGAGAAAUCAUUGAAGUUCUACAAAAGGGAGAUGGAAAUGCACACAGUAAGAAAGACACAGAGAUCCGCCGACGGGAGCUCUUGGAAUCCAUUUCUCCAGCUUUGCUAACCUACCUGCAAGAGCACGCCCAGGAGAUGGUUCUGGACAAGUCUGUGUGUGUGUUGGUGUCCAGCAUUCUGGGAUCUGCUGCUGGAGACGUUCAGCCUGCCAUGAAUGCCAUCGCCAGCUUGGCAGCGACAGAACUGCAUCCUGGUGGCAAGGAUGGAGAGCUUCACGUGGCAGAGCAUCCUGCAGGACAUCUGGUUCUCAAGUGGCUCAUAGAGCAGGAUGAGAAGAUGAAAGAGAGUGGGAGAGAAGGUUGUUUUGCAAAAACACUUGUAGAGCAUGUUGGUAUGAAGAACCUCAAGUCCUGGGCCAGUGUAAAUCGAGGUGCCAUUAUUCUUUCCAGCCUUCUUCAGAGUUCUGACCCAGAAAUUGCAAACAAAGUCAAAGCUGGACUAAAAAGCCUGGUUCCCACUCUGGAAAAAAACAAAAACACCAGCAAAGGCAUAGAAACUCUACUUGAAAAACUGAGUGCAUAGGUAGAAAAGAGUUAAACGCAGGAUGGAAUGCUUUUUCCUGUUCUCUGCCUUCCCAACACAGAAGAGAAUGGCAGGGGUUCAGCAGCAGCAGAGAAGGGCUGGGGUCACCUCACUGGUAAUGUGGGUGCUCGGUAUAUGUGUUUCUGCUUUUAUAAGUAUCUAUUUAUAAAGUUGUUUUUAAAAAUGGUCUUUUUAUUUAAAUCUGUACUAUCUCCUUUGCCAUACCAAAUAGCAAGAAAUAAGAACGUGAAGCAGGCAUGUGGAAGGUGUAGCAAUCCUGUGUGGCAGGACCGCUAGAAUGUAAAGUGUGGCUGAGUGAGUCAAUUCGGGGAGAAGCCAUCCUCAGUGAGCAGUCUGAGAAGGCUUCUUGGAGGAGGUGGGCCGUGAGAGGGUGUCCUGCUGAAGGAGGGUAGGAUGUGGGAAAGAAGAGCCAAGGAGAGUCUUUGGUGGGAGCAGCAAGAUGGAAAGUUAAUGGUUUUGAACUGAACUUCAGGAAGCCGUAGGCCUUUGAUGGGUACAGGGAGCAGGAUACCCGGCAACCAUAGCAGCUGCAUUCCUAGCUGUCUUGUUGAUUAGGUUCCAUGUUAGAUUCUGUUUGAAAGCCACUGAGGUAAGUCAGUUAAGCUGUGAGGGAAAUGUGCUAAAUGAAUUUGGAGAUCACUGUGGAUUGCAGUGUUAAGGUCAGGGUUAUUGGGGAAAUCUCCCUGUGCUUGUUUGUGGACCUUCCAACUUAAUAGUUCCUUGUGAUGAGACUUUCUCAGGACGGUCCCUAAAGUUGUCAAGUCCUGUAGAGUUUAAGGAAGAAGAUGCAAAUUUGUUAUGGCACAGAAAUAUGAAUUUUAAAACUGUGGUUGGCUUUUAACAAAGCUUAGGAGGAUUGGUAGCUCAGUGGGGCUCAUGCAACCAUGCCUAUGAAUAUCUGGCUGCUUUCGGUGUAGAGCCUUGGUCCUUUCUCUAAGCAGUCUGAUGUAACAGGACACCUACUUAGGUCUGUCACUGCCAUUAUACCUGCUGCAGCAUUCACAUACCUUUCCUGUGUAGACUGUAGAGUCCAGGACUACUCCCAACCUGAAAGCUACCGGGACUCCCCCUGUCAUGGUAUAUUGGACCCUUCCCAAAAAGCAAAAGAGCUGAUGCCUAUAACUAAUUCUUUUAGCAUGGAUUCUCCUCCCAACUGUCAGC